CACUAUUAGCACAGCUGAUAGUUCCGCUUUUGCGGUCUUUUGUUGCUUAUAUUCCUAUUAGCUUUCUGGGUUUUUGAAAUAUCACAGUUUAAUAUCAAAGACAUUUGUAUUUAAAUUUUAUAUAAACUGUUGGAAAGAAAAACCAAACAAACAGAAAGCAAUGAAUUCACUAAAUUUGCGUGUGUCUUCGGUGAAGACUGGGGACAAUGUAAAGAAGAAUGCUGAAAUGCGGACAACGCUUGUCACGUUGCCAAAACUUUACGAAAAUUCCGACGCAAGUUAUUGUAUUGAAUUAAAGGGUGCCAAUUCCAUACCAGAACAGGUGGCGGCCGUAAAAAAUAUAUUUAAAAACCUUAGUCGAGAUAUCCAAGCAUUGCAAUUUUUGGCAGACUUAUAUUUUCAUUGUCCGCUUAAGCAUCCCGUACGUAAUCAAAUACUCAGGCUUUUAAUUACAGCUGCCCGACUGGGCACCGGUGAUACAGAUGAAACAUCCAUUGUAAACGCUUUGUCACACACAUUGCAACGUUUAGUGGAGGAAACUAGAGGAGAAACUGAGAGCAGCACUUGGAAUUUUACCGUCACUUCAAUGUCUGGCUGUUUCGAGAAUUUCGAUUGUGGCCUUAAAGCAUUUCAGCAAAGCAUAGUUGAUGUGUUUCCUUUUCUCAGCGCGGCCGUGCAAAAAUAUCUUACCGAAUUGGGUGUGCUUAGUUCACCCUCCGUACGUAAUGAGUAUUACUUGUAUGUACACAAUGCUAUACGCUUACUACUCAGCUGUGUACAGGAGUAUGGCGCAAAAGUCAAAGAAAUACACAGUGACACACUCAAACAGUUAGCUGCGCUAUGUCAGCAAAUUGUACACGACGACGAAAUACCCAUGGAUCCACGCACCAAUUCUGGUAUUUUAUUAGCGCACAACGCCAAACUAACGGCUACCUAUGAAAGUUUUAUACAAGAAGUCAAACUGACUAAGAAUCCCAAUGAGAUUGCGUUAUGUGUUGGCAUCGUUAAUACUUUCGAUCACCAUGAUUUUCAACAUAUCUCGGCAGAUAUACGCGACAUUUGCAGCAAAAUAGAGGAAAUUGCAAACGCUAAUGCGACGGUGCCGAAUAUUUUACUUUGCGCUACACGUGCACUUUAUCAGAUAUCAAAAAUUAUACUCACUUUUGAAUUAAAGCCCCAAGCAUCACCCACCGAUGAUGCCAAGUUGAUAUUACGUAAACUUUUAAUAUUCACAUUUGGCUAUUUAGAGCAUCACAUGGAUAGCGUGCGGCAUUUGUGUCGGGAUUUGCUGCGUAACACUGUGGCAGCGGCCAAAAAAAUUAAAUUUGACUUUCUCAUACAAAAAAUUUAUGAUGCCUGUAAUUCUGAGCGACUGUCGCUUUCAAUGAAAUGUGUAGUGCUGCAACAAACUGCCGCAAUUAUGGGCGCAGAUGCCAUAAUACAUCAAUGUUCCGAAGUAUUUACAAACAUUUUCGCCGAACAGCUCGGUCGUGAUUUCAUGGCGAACAACUUAUUUGAGACACUUAUGUUUGCCAGUCACAAAGAGGUGCGAUACGAAACUUGGCUCAAACUUUGGAUCGAAUAUCUGCUUGUGAUAGCCACUGCUGAUGACGUGCGUUUGAGUGACAUCGAAACGCUAAUUGUAAAAGCGGUGAAAUGUGAACCGAAAAUUGUAAAGCAUAUCAUACAACAUCCUGCUCAAAUACCGAUUAGCACAAAAUUAUCGGUACUGUGGGCUGUGCGUACGGCGGGCAUAAAAGUUGAUGAUUUCACCGAAAUAAUGGAGCAAUUCUCCUGCAAUCUUGUGUACAGCAUAAUCUGCAAUUCGGAUGAAACACGCAUUAUGGCCUUGCGCUUGUUGGUGGAGACAAAUAAGACAACGGAGCUGCUGACAUUGUUGGAAUGUGAAAAUCUGCUUACCUUCCUCGAAUAUAAUUCCAAUUGUCAAAGUCCAGCGACACGUCAAAAAAUGCUAGCCUUGUUCGACAAAGCACUAACUCGCUGCGAAGUAAAUCUUGUUAAAGUGCUUAAAGAUUAUAAACCCGCCAAGGCAAUUAAGGCGGCAAGCGCUGCUGGUAAAGGCAUUGGUGCUGAUGCGCCAUUGCAAUUGAAAUUUUUGCGCGAUGUUAUUAAGAAAUUGGUGGAAAAUCUUUUUCAGGGCGCCAAUUUCAGUCGCCGUUCAGUGUCUUUACAACUCUUAUCAACGGCUUUACAGAUUUGCAAAAAUCGCGAUAUAUCAUUUUAUGACGUGUUACCACCAAAUACCGUUAAAGCGCUUGCCGAUGUGCUUGCUGACUCAUACGAAGCCAACAAAGCGUCAGCUGCAAGUACUUUGUCGUUUAUUGAAAAAAAUUUGAAUUGUGAUUUAAUACAAAAACAUAAAUUGAAUAUCACACUCGCACAUAUCUGCAAAAACUUGACAUCGGUCCGUCCAGCCGAUUCGGUAACCGGCGCAUAUCAAUUGCAAUUUUAUUGUAAUCGAAACGAACACAUCAGCAGCUUUGGCAGUUAUGAGCCAACGCAAUAUAAACCCUACUACUAUGCCGCGUUACGUUGGCUCCUGCAAGAACUGAAAGCUGGUCUGAAAUUGGCUAAAGAGAGUCUCCUGCAAGCGGCCAAAUUGAAUCCAUUAUAUGGCAUCCUAUUUGCCGUAAAGCGCAUCUUACAGCUACUCGAAUUUGAUCAGUUGGAAGUAGAGAUACCAUGGCGCAUAAUUAUAGCCGAGUUGAUUGUGUUGUGUAAGGAGCUUACCACCGUUGUAUCGCCUGUGGUGAAUAGCUCAUCACCUGAAGGUCAUUUGCCGAAUGACUUCAGCCAACUGCCCGCGGAGUAUGGCGAAGAGCUAACGGCCCCUGAUGCUAAUACUAAAAUACUUUCUGCCAAAUUAGCCAAAGUCGAUUUGUCUAAUGUGAAGACAACACCGCAAAUGGUGCUGCUAUGCGCUUGGCGCACCGUCAAGGAGGUAUCACUGAUACUGGGCGAAAUAGUGUUGGAGUCACGUAUACAGCUGAGUAAAUUUACCGAACGAUUUCUCAUCACCAAAGAGCAAUUGCUUGAGAUCGGCGAGCAUUUCAAGCAGUUACUGGCCGAAACCAAACAUCGUGGCGCCUUCGAACAAGCCUAUGUUGGCUUCUUAAAACUUUGUUGUCGUCUGUGGUGCCUGGAGGUGGUCGAUUUGAAUUCGCUACCCAUGCAAUGGUUACGCGAAUUGCUCGCGCUCAUUGCGAAAGACGAACAAUUGAAUGAGAAGAUAUGCGCGACACGUCGCAGCGCGGGCGUGCCGUUCAUGGUGCAGGCGCUCAUUACAGCCGAAUUGCGCGUGGGCUCCACCAAAUCGCUCUACUACGCCAUGUCACAUUUGCUGCAGUUAUGUGCGGCACGCGAACGCAGCGCCGAAUCGCGUACGCAUGCCUUGAAUAUAUUGCGUGCGCUCUUCCGUUGCACCGAUCUGAAUGAGGCGGUGGUGGAGUAUGUGAGCGACGGUGUCAUUUGCGCCAUACGCGGUUACAAUGCCGAAACGUGGUCGGAAAAAAAUUCAGCCACCUUACUCUUUGCGGCGCUUAUUACACGCAUUUUCGGUGUGCAGCGCACGCGCGAUUCCGAUAAUUUGAAUGUGCGCAAUAAGAUGACCGGACGUGUGUUCUUUUUGCGUUAUCCCAAAUUGUAUGAUUUCUUUCUGGCGCAGUUGCAAGAAGCCAGCGCAUUGGUGCAACAGCAACAGAAGGCGCAUAACCUACAUCCGCUAUUGUUGUUGUUAAGUCGUCUAUAUCCGUCCGCGCUGGAGGGCACAGAGUCCAAUUUGAAGUUAAGCGAGUUUAUACCGUACAUAGCGAAUUGUGCGAGUUGUCCUGAAAUGCAGACGCGUUAUCUAGCGGCGAAAGCUGUUGUGGCGCUAGUCUCCAAGGAUGCCAUACCCGUCACUGUAUUGCAGAUGUGUGCUGAGAUUGUGAUCUCGGCUGAUUGUCCCAAGACGUUGAAUUUGAAUGUUUUACAUGGCCAACUGCUGCAGAUUUACAUGCUACUGAAAGCACUUAAACGACCCGAUGCUGAGCUAGUCGGUGAUAUAGCGGCCACAUUGGUGGUAGUUCAGGAGAAAACUCAAAUAAAAAAUGCCGUUAUACUCAAAUUAAUUUUGGAUAUUUUUAUCGAGAUGCUACAAAGCCAACAGAAUCUCAGCUAUGAACAACAAACCAUACAAAACUUACUCUACUUCACCACACACAAGGAGCUUUACAAUGCUGAACUGAGCUUUUACUAUCCGGUGCUGCGCAAAUCUUUCUAUAUCUACAAUUUACAUACUCUACGUUUAACACUGCCAUUCGGUGCGCUCUCUGAUUACCUGCUUUGCCCGCCGCUCACGCAUGCCACCGUGCAAUUGGAACAAGCGGAAGUUUGCCUCAAUGUGAUACUACUAAUACUAGGGCCAGAGGAAAUGGAUUUGUCAGAAUUCGAAAUAUCGCAUGAAGAGCAGCGUUUCGUACGCGCUCUGCCCGUUGAGAUGCGCGAUAGUUUGGCCGCAGAGUUGCGGCAGAGUAAAGCUCUGCAUGCCACACUGAAGGAACUCCUGCCAAAGCCACUUUACUAUCCGGAGUGUGUGAUGAAAGCGUAUGCCAUACUUAGUUUAUUGGAUAACUUCGAUUUCACUUUAAGUCACUUGCUGAAAGAGUCUAAAAAGCACACAGGUGAUGUUAAGUCACCGCUGACCAUGUGUGUGGAGCGUUUGGUGCUUAAACAAGGCGGUGUUGACUCGAAGGUAUCGCUAUCUUAUUUGGAGUAUUUAUUGGAAAUUUCACAAGCCUGGAAUCCCGACUGUUUGAGAUUGAAGGCUGCACAAAUCUUAUCACACAUAGCUGUACAUUUUAAUAAAGCUUUGGAGAAGAAAAAAUUACCAUUCGUACGUUUGUUUAUUGGUCUAACGUUGGCGCUGCUCAUGGAUGAUGACUUUGAAAUACGCGAUUAUACCGCUAAAAUAGUUGUAAACAACAUAGCCGACGACAUAGGAUUGAAAAGCGUUGUGUCGACUAUGGCGCAGCGCCUCUUCUUGCAAUCCAUUGCCGAUCAGCUGGAAGAAAUGCGUGCCGAUGACAAUUACAUUAUCGAAAUUUUCAAGGCCAUCAGUGAAACAGCAACUUUGGGUAUUGGCGCCGACGAAGACGGCAACAAUUCAACUAACGGCAGCGGCAGCAGCAGCGGCAGCAACAGCAGCGCCUCAACGGUGAGCGAUCUGGAGGUUUUCGAUAAAAAUGAGGCGAACAUCUUUGCCGAACCGCAAAAAGUGAUAUACGAUGCUAUUGUUGUAUUUAAAAAUACCUUCCCAACGCGACCGAAAGUAUUGAGUUUUGUGGGAGCGGCGCAGCCACUUUGAAACUAAAUUAAAAUUAAAGUUUUUAUUUGUUUAAGAAAAUAGUUCAAAACGUGAUAGUGUGUAUGACG